UUUUAUACCUGAUUCCUUCCUGAUACGGUGAGGUGAGCAGUUGAGACUUGAGAGAGGCGGAGAGCAGAGACUAGAGAGAAAGAUUUUAGGCCAUUUGAUGCACUGGGUUUUAGACAUUCUAUGUUUUUAAGCUUUUGUUUAAGGAAAAGAAGUACUUUUAUAUGCCGAGGUUUUCACGUUGGUAAGCAGUUCUCAAAUCCGAGUACUGAGGACAUUGUUUUUAGAGCAAUUUGUGUUAAUUUAAAGCAGAGGAGAUGGAAACUUUUGGAGCAAAUGUCUCUGAGUAUCACCGACUCAUUAGUAUGUCGUGUGGUUGGCGAGUUUUGGAACUCGCCACAGUUAGCUUUGGAGUUCUGCAAUUGGAUUGGAAAGAAGAAUUUUUCGUACUCGUUGGAAUCUUGUUGUGCUGUAAUUCAUUUGUUGGUGAAAUUGAGGAGGUUCGAUGAGGCCUUAGCUCAUAUGGGGAACUUAAUGUGUGUAAGAGGAUUGGCUCCAUUCGAUGUUUUGGAAGGGUUAAUUAAUAGUUAUGAAGGAGAUGAUUCAAGUCCGGCGGUGUUUGAUGCAUUGGUAAGGACCUGUACUCAGUUUGGGGCCACCGAUGGUGCUUAUGAAGUGAUCAAAAAGUUGAGAAUGGACAGUUUUUGGGUUACAAUUCACGCUUGGAAUAACUUUCUGGGUCACCUUUUGAAGUUGAAUGAGAUUGAUAGAUUUCGGAAGGUGUAUAAAGAAAUGAUUUCAUAUGGGUAUAGUGAAAAUGUAAAUACUUUCAAUUUGAUUGUUUAUGCUCUUUGUAAGGAAUGUAGAUUACUAGAAGCAAUCUCAGUAUUUUACCGGAUGUUGAAGGAUGAAAUUUGGCCCAAUGUUGUUACUUUUAACAUGAUCAUAGAUGGAGCUUGCAAGAUGGGCAAUUUGGAACUUGCCUUGAAGCUUGUAAGGAAGAUGGGGGUGAUGUCAGGGGGGUGUGUAAGGCCCAAUUCAGUUACUUAUAAUUGUAUCAUUAAUGGGUUUUGUAAGAUCGGGAACAUAGCAUUGGCAGAAGAAGUGCGUAUUGAAAUGACUAAGGUGGGUAUUGAGUCCAAUGAAAGGACCUAUGGGACUUUGAUAGAUGGGCAUGCAAGAGGAGGGAGUUUGGAGGAGGCUUUUAAGUUGUGUAAUGAAAUGGUGGAAAGGGGCUUAAUUCCUAAUACUGUUGUUUACAAUACAGUUAUCCAUUGGCUUUACAAGGUAGAAGAUAUGGAGGGAGCUUCUUUGCUAUUGUCUGACAUGAUUGAUAAGCAUAUAUGCCCUGAUCAAUUCACCUACUCGAUCCUCAUGAAGGGGCUUUGCAGAAAUGGAUAUGUGACUGAAGCUCUUAGACUGAAUAACCAGGUAAUAGGAAAGAACCUCCUUGAAGAUGCUUUUUCUCACAAUAUUCUCAUAAAUUAUAUGUGCCGAAGCAAAAAUAUGGCAGGAGCCAAGCAACUGUUAGGCAGUAUGUUUGUUCAUGGUUUAAUUCCUGACCUUGUUACAUACGGUAGUUUGAUUGAUGGGUACUGCAAGGAAGGCAAUGUAGAGCAUGCAGUACAGAUUUACGACCGAAUGAUAAAGGCGGAAGAAAAUCCCAACUUGGUUAUAUAUAAUUCUGUUAUAAAUGGUUUAUGCAAAGAGGCAGCGAUGGAUGUUGCAAAACUCUUGACAAAUGUUUUACAGAGCAUGGGUUUAUUUGAUGUGAUAACUUAUAAUACUCUGAUUAAUGGCUAUUGCCUCAGUGGGAAGAUUGAAGCGGCUUUUGCUUUAUUUUCAGAAAUGAGAAAGUUGGGGAUUUUAGAGAACAGAGUCACUUAUAAUACAUUAAUCAACUUCUUGUGCAAGUUUGGGUGUUUUCAACAGGCAAAAGACCUUAUGAAGAUGAUGGCUCAUCAUGGCGUUGUUCCUGAUUCCAUAUCAUACACAACACUCAUUACCCAUUUCAGCAAGAAUUGCACUCCAGAGGAGGUGAUUGAAUUACAUGAUGAGAUGGUGCUUAAGGGAGUGAUCCCUGAUAGACCAACAUAUAGGGCCAUUGUUAGCCCACUUCUUCAAGAAGACAAUGCGGAAACUUGAGUUCGGAAUGGCAAAGUGAGCUUCGAAUCACACAUUUUAGCAUGGCAAGCUGCCUAUACAAUCACCUCCUUAAUGUAAGGCUUCAUUCUUCCAAUAUAAAUUUGUGCUUUCAAGACACCUAGACAGUCAGUGAAGAAUGUGCUGAUUUACCGUUGCAGCAGGUGGAUGAGUGGUCAAUGUACACAAUCUCUUUGCUCUGUGCUUGCGGUUGAAUUUUGUGGGACUCAUAUUGCCAAAGGAUGGCAUCUAGCUCUAUUGGGUCACUUAGGUAUGCACUUAUCAGGGAUUUCUUCUUGGAGAUCACAGAGAGUACUCAAACUCUUCUACCCUUGUUUUGAGAAGAAGAGGGGAAAAAGGAGUUUGCUGGUUUAUCCAAAAAAUGAUGUAAAAAUUUCUUCUUAAACAUCAUACUAAAGGGGGUUUCAGAUGAUCUGAGCUCUUAAUAUUGGAAUGAAUUCUAUUCUUUCUGAUUUUC